AUGUCAAAAUGCAUCAAGUACCAUCUCUAUAGCCCGCCCAACCAAAGCAAGCAUUCUGACCAAAAACUAGCUCCCACACGCUACGGUGUGGUCAUCUUCCCAGGCUUUGAAGUCCUUGACGUUUUCGGCCCCCUCGAGGCGUUCAACGCGCUUUCCUUGUCAUACCAGCUCAACCUCACUCUAAUAGCCAAAACCCUCGACCCUGUAACCUCCAAACCACAAUCCGCAGCUAUGAACCUCUUCAACUCCACUUUUGGGGAGUCGAUUGUUCCCACACAUACCUUCGACACUGCGCCAGACCUCGACGUCCUUCUUGUCCCGGGAGGUCUUGGGACUCGAGCACCGUCUGCUCAAUUAGAAUCUCUGAUUGCGUUCAUAAAAGAGAGGUUCCCGAAGCUCAAGUAUCUGAUUACAGUCUGUACUGGUGCUGGACUUGCUGCAAGAGCUGGCGUGCUGGAUGGCAAGCAUGCUACAACUAACAAGAAAGCCUGGGUAAGUACAACAGCGUGGGGCCCAAAAGUAAGGUGGGUAGCACAAGCAAGGUGGGUGCAGGAUGGAAAUGUUUUCACCUCAUCAGGUGUUUCCGCUGGAAUUGAUGUGACGAUGGCUUUUAUUGAUACUGUUUACGGAAAUACAACGGCGACGAGCGUUGCCAAUUACAUGGAGUACGAAAGGCAUCCGAACUCAACGGAUGAUCCUUUUGCGCCUCUGUAUGGAUUGACAGACGCAAACAACUCAACCAAUCAGAAGUGA